AGGCCGUGCAGCGGCUCCUCCCCCUGGAGGGCGGGGUUUCGGGGCUGCACUACGCGAGGCCAUACGGUACCCAUCAUGCCGCGCGCGCGCACGCGACGGGCGUUCGUUACCGGAAGUGAGUGUGCAUUUCCGGCGGUAGCAGCGGGGUGGCCUGGAUUCCUGCUCCUUGGGGUCCUUUCGUCUCGCUUCCCCCCCCCGCCCCGGUCUCACCCCUUUCCCGCCCGCCGCCGCCAUCAUGAAGGACGUGCCGGGCUUCCUGCAGCAGAGCCAGAGCUCCGGGCCGGGCCAGGCCGCCGUGUGGCACCGCCUGGAGGAGCUCUACACCAAGAAACUCUGGCACCAGCUGACUCUGCAGGUGUUGGACUUUGUGCAGGACCCCUGCUUUGCUAAAGGAGAUGGACUCAUCAAGCUUUAUGAGAACUUCAUCAGUGAGUUUGAACACAGGGUGAAUCCUUUGUCCUUGGUAGAGAUCAUUCUUCAUGUAGUUAGACAGAUGACAGAUCCUAAUGUGGCCCUUACUUUCCUGGAAAAGACUCGAGAAAAGGUGAAAAGCAGUGAUGAGGCUGUGAUUUUAUGUAAAACAGCCAUCGGGGCUCUGAAGUUAAACAUUGGCGACCUGCAGGUCACAAAGGAGACCAUAGAGGAUGUUGAGGAGAUGCUGAACAAUCUCCCUGGGGUGACAUCUGUUCACAGCCGUUUCUACGACCUUUCCAGCAAAUACUACCAGACAAUUGGGAAUCAUGCCUCUUACUAUAAGGAUGCACUGCGGUUCCUGGGCUGUAUUGAUGUCAAGGAUCUGCCAGUGUCAGAGCAGCAGGAGAGAGCCUUUACCUUGGGGCUGGCAGGACUCCUAGGAGAAGGAGUUUAUAACUUUGGGGAGCUGCUCAUGCACCCUGUACUGGAGUCCUUGAGAAACACUGACAGACAGUGGCUGAUUGACACACUUUAUGCCUUCAAUAGUGGUAAUGUAGAGAAAUUCCAGGCUCAGAAGACAGCCUGGGGCCAGCAGCCAGACCUGGCUGCAAAUGAAGCACUUCUCCUGAAGAAGAUCCAGCUGCUGUGCCUCAUGGAGAUGACUUUCACCCGACCAGCCAAUCACAGACAGCUCACUUUUGAAGAGAUUGCUAAAAGUGCCAAAGUCACCGUGAAUGAGGUGGAACUGCUGGUGAUGAAGGCCCUCUCAGUAGGGUUAGUAAAAGGCAGUAUUGAUGAAGUGGAUAAGAAAGUGCACAUGACCUGGGUCCAACCGCGUGUGCUGGAUUUACAGCAGAUCAAAGGGAUGAAGGACCGUCUGGAGUUCUGGUGCACAGAUGUGAGGAGCAUGGAAAUGCUGGUGGAGCACCAAGCCCACGAUAUCCUAACAUAGAAGACUUUGCACUGCCUGAGCGAAUAACUCUUGCUGCUGCUGAAACUGGUGGUGCUCAGACCACUGACUCUGUACAGAAUUAUAUUAAACGGGGGGCUAGGGGAGGUUGGGAAGAACUACUUUUUGACGCUUGUACAGAGGAGUAAGUGGCCUUUACUGUGUAACCCUUUGGUGCUUAAGUCAGGAAUUCCCUGUGCGCCAAUGGUCUGCUGGCACUGACCACAGGAGCUCCUGUCCUACUGUCACCAAGGGGGAUAAGGGCUCCAUAAUGGUGGUUGAAUCAGUCUUGGUGUCAAACUAUUGCACUGGAGGGUGCUGGUGGUAGCUACAUGGUAGAAUCAUUAGCCCAGUAGAUGGGUGCUUCUGUCCUAAAUUGUGCUAGAGAGAGAGAUGCCAUAUUCCCACUAUCAGGCAUUGCUGAUGUGGUGAUUGGACUUGGGGGAGCAUGACUUUCUCACCAGUAGCCCCUCCUCCCAGCAGCCCAAAGGCAGCAUUACCAAGACACCCCACCCCCACAGUUGGCAGUAAAGGGAGCUGCUCACCCCAUCAAUGGGUUUGCCAGGAAUAAAAUCAUUAAUUUAGUGCAUUUGGUUUUAUAUCCUUUUUGGGUUUAUUCUUGUCUUUCAUGAACACUUUAUUGUGAAGUGUGGUGCAGCAGUAUUGCUGGAAUAAACUUCUCUGCCUUCCCUCUUCUACA